CGCGUCGCGUCGUCAGCGUCAGUCAGAUCCACGCUACAACACACAAUAGACGACAAACGAAACAAUGUCGAAAGACGACACGUCCGUGCAUAUUCUGAGGAAGUUAGUGGUGGACGGAUUCCUCUUGGGAGGCUUGACAGCAUGUAUCUUCAUGACGAACCUGCUCUGGGAGCCGUUCGAGCGAGGGUUCUUCUGUGGAGACGAGAGCCUCAUGUUCCCCUACAAGGACGACACCGUCACUGUCCUCAUGCUCAGAGGGUUUGGACUUGGACUACCUAUUAUUGCUAUGCUGACCUGUGAAUGGGCGCUUCUACGCAAGGUGCGGGAUGACGAGCGCUGCCUCGGGGUUCGAGUCCCGGCGUGGCUCCGCGGCUUCUACUGCUCCCUAUCUUCCUUUGCUUUCGGAGUGUGCUUCACCGAGCUCGCGGCUAACAUCGCCAAGAACACUAUUGGAAGACCACGCCCGCACUUCUUUAAUCUGUGCAAGCCGUCCAUCGACUGCAAUCUGCCGGAAUGGCGCGGACGCUACAUCCAGUCUCACGAGUACACGUGCACCGGCGAUGAUAUUGACAAGUUCGGAGACAUGCGCAAAUCAUUCCUCAGCGGACACUCGUCUUGGGCUGCUUUCACCAUGAUUUAUCUAGCUCUGUACCUAGAAAGGCGCAUGGUAUGGAAGGGUACGCGUGUCCUGCGUCACACUCUCCAGUUCGGGGCGGUGAUGCUGAGCUGGUUCACGGCUCUCUCACGCGUCUCGGACUACAAGCAUCACUGGAGCGAUGUCCUCGCUGGAUACUCUCUGGGACUUGCUUUCGCAGUUCUUGUGUGGACCUGGGGAACCGAUUUGGUGAAUAAGAAGAAAGAACACGCCCCAUUGCCCUUCUACGACUUAUCUCAUAUAAACCAACAAUCUGCCAGUCUUACUAAUACAUAGUGAAAAAUGCCCUACAAUUUUAGGUUAUACCAAAAAUAUUUCAUAGCUAAAUGAUACGUUGUAUCAACGUCUUUAAGCUUUAAUUUUAAUUGUAAGAUAAAUUAAGAUUAUGUGAUAAGUUAAUAAAAAAUAAUACAAU